CUCGCCCCACAACCGCCCCGCCAUGUCGCCCACCAGCCCACAGCCCCCGCACAGCCCCACCACCCCCCCGUCCCCCUCAGCCUCGCCCACACACUCAAUCCUCCGGCGCACAGCCUCCCUCUCAGCACCCUCCCAUCCGCACAAGAAGAUGCUCAGGUUCACCCAGCUCCAUCGAGACAGCGACACUCUGCUCAGCAGCGUCGGACAGAACGAGGAUGUAUACUAUCACGGACGGACUAUGGAGGAGGGCUUGUAUACAGACAGGGUCACAACAGACCAGAGACGCUACCUUCAAAGCGAUCCUGGGACGCCCAACUUUCAAGAGACUGCCGACCAGAUCAGAAGAACACUCUCCCUAGCUUCUGUGGAUUCUCUUCUUUUGCUCUCUGCCAAUCAGAGUGAGCGCACCAAGUUCCUCGCCGAGGUUUCACGGGCCGGUCGGGGUCUAGUGUGGAGAGACGAGGGUGAACAAUGUCUGCUUCCGCAAGACAAUGAGCGUGCCGUAGUGCUUGCCUUGAAAAGGGGAUUGCGGUCGUUCAUCUUGGCCUUUUCUGUCCGCUCUGGUAUCAACGUCCUUCUCCUCUUGUUCCGCUUGCUUCGCAAACACGCUCCUAAACUCUCUCUUCCCCUGUUGCACCGUACUAUCUUUGGCCCCGAGCCAUUUCGUUUUGGAGGCAUGAUCGGUACUUUUACGUUUUUAUACACCUUCACAUUGCACCUUCUCAGGCUAGCUCCGCCCUUAUCAUAUUUUAGAAGGAGAAUACGAGCCGGACUGUGGAAUAAAACGACCUUUGGACCGCCGGAAAGAGAAGGAAACGAAGGGGAAAGGAGAUGGCAGGCAGCGGCAGCGGGUGCCGUCGGGAGCCUUGGCCUGUUAUGGGAAAGUAAGAGUCGUAGGACAGGCGUGGCACAGCAGAUGUUUGUGCGUGGACUCCAAGCCUCGUACAAUCAAUAUACACCCAGGUUUGGAAUUCAUAUACCCCAUGGUGAUCUGCUGCUCUUUGGCGCCUGCUGUGGCCAGAUCAUGUUCGCGUUUCUAAUGAGUCCAGAGACAAUCCCGAAAGAAUAUAACAAUUGGAUCAAUUCAGCCUCGAGGGUGCCAUCUUUUGCAAUCCUUGCUAAUCGGACACAAGUCCGGCAAGGAUAUAUCCAAGAUGCACUGGUACAAGAGGCAUUGAACUACAAGGGAAUCACUGCGACUAAUCGAAUACGGUUGGAAAAUGUGCUCCGAAAAAUUCGUGAUGGCCAGCAGCCUGUCGCCGUCCCAUGCGGGAUGGUUCACCCAUGGUGCAAUACUUGCACCGAAACAAACUUUCGUCGAUUCUUUGCAGUUUGUCGAUUCAUGCUUCCUGUCUACUCUGCACUACACCUGAUCCCCAUGCUGGUUUUAAGGAGACAUCAUGUUAAGCGAGACCCGAUACGAAUGAUGGCCAGGGCCUUGUGGGGGAUAGGUAGAAGCUGUUCCUUCUUGGGUGCAUUUGUAGUCAUUUACCAAGUCCUAUUCUGCGCGAGGGUUCAAGCACUAGAGAAGAGCAGAGGGCCAGAUUUCAUGAGGAGUCUUUUGAAGAGGAAAGAGGUCUUUUGGGCUUUGGGCUUUACAACAUGCCUAAGUCUUCUCGUCGAAGAGAAGAAAAGAAGGGCCGAAAUUGCAAUGUACGUGCUCCCACGAGCCCUCGAGUCUGCAUGGUCUGGUGCCAGAAAACGGGCUUGGGUCCCUCUAGUGCCUUUCGGAGAAACGAUUCUGGGGGCGGGGGCCAUGGCGAUGGUAAUGGAUGCUUACAAGCACCAACCCGAUGCCAUGUCAGGGAUUGUCAGAAGAUUAUUAUUCCAAAUGGUAGGGCCAGCGUGAAAAUUAUCAUUAGUACAGAGGGGACACAUGUAACCAUAAUAGCUGUACAAAUAGUGAACGAGAAAGGAUUGUGCAUGGAUAGACUAC